AUGUCGACUACCACCGACUUUCCGCUAUUCCCAAAGCUCCCUGCAGAACUUCGUCGACGCGUGUGGCAGCUGUGCAUCCCGACCACCCGUACUGUCGAGAUAUCUAUGCCACCCAAUCCUGACAUGGUUGACGAUCGCUGCAUAUGCUACUGCCGCCCGGAGGACACAACAAGGCGCAACGCGGCAGCACCGUCCUUCACCCAGUCGUGCCGCGAGGCCUACGAGGUUGCACUCGAGGAGGGCGGCCGCCUCCUGCUGCCCUCAGAGCAGGACGUCAAGCGCCUCCCUAACCACCACGCCAGUGCUCUAUUACAGAACCCUUGGUUUUGGCCGGCGCGCGAUACCGUCCACCUGAACUCAGACCCGCAGGGCUUGGGGUGGUCCGAAAGGAAUGAGCUGCCGCUUCCACUCCUCCUCCGAAGCGUCCAGGGUGCAGCAAGGUGCUCCUUGAUGUCUCAGCUGCUCGGCUGGCCACCUCUUGACGACGUCGUCAACGAGGGCGGACGGCUGAGUGGGCGCUUCUGGAUGAGGCGGGCUCUAGUCGAAGCACGCGUUCUUGGCCACCUUAGAUACCAGAGCGCCUACUCAGUCUGCUUAAUGACCGUCAAAAUCCACGCGCGUAGCCACGUAGUGCAAGAAUCCGGCUUGUUCGAAGGAGGUGCGAGUCCAUUGCAGCUCGUCCCCACCUCAGAUUUGCAGACCUUCUCCGCUAUGCAUCGUCUAUGGGUAAGCAGUCAUGACCCACAGAAGCGCGAAACCAUAGAUGAACAGACGACGCGCCAAUUCCACAUCCUUUUUGACCAUGAGAAGCUCGCGCGCCGUGUGGCUGGGUGGCAGCAAGACUUGCGUGAGCGGUGGCUGCUCCAAAAGUACGAAGCACAGUGGAAGGCCGACGAGCUUCUCAACAUCAUCCGUGCAAGCGCAAUCGUGCUCCGCGGUGAGCUCUCGGCCGAUGCACGAGUCCUGAGCCCAGACGUUGUCGAUUUGGAAGGAUUCGAAUUCGACCACUUUCAUCCUUGGGUCAAGGCGAUACUCGAUACGAUGCCCACUUUUCAUCCGGUCAUCAUGUUUCGCCACUGCGCGCUGGAGUGCUAUAGUAGAGCCAUGUCUAGUGUUGGGGAUGUAGCGUAUCUCUAA